AUGUCUCGCUGGCUUUUCCCCUGGUCAGGCUCAAUCAAGAAGCGGGCCUGUCGGUACCUCUUACAGCACUACCUCGGUCACUUUCUGCAGGAACGAUUGAGCUUGGAUCAGCUGGGCUUGGACCUUUACAACGGCAGUGGUGUUAUCAAAGAAAUCAACCUUGAUGUCUGGGUGAGUGUGACGGAUGUGAACUUCACACCACAGCAGUACUCAUCAUGUGUUUUUGUCGGACUCGUGCACCCUUGACUGUUUCGCAACUGCUCCCUAGUUCAACAACAAUCUCCAGCGUCAUCAUACUCAUAGCCUAGCUCGCAUUUCUUCGAGGAAUUACUCUGAUGUCAAACGCAUCAUGAGCCCCACAGACCAUCUGCUUCAGUCCUAACACUCACACUGGUGUCUCAAUGGUGUAAAUGCAUAUAAAAGUGACCUCAGAGUGACUGGACAAAAGUGAAACCAGGUUUUCUACUGUUUACCACCUUGUGUCUCUUAUUGACUUCUUCCUCCCCUUCAACAGGCGGUCAACGAGCUACUGGAGUCUAUUGGGGCUCCUCUGGAAAUAGUGGAUGGCUUUGUCAGCAGCAUAGAAGUGACCAUCCCUUGGCAAGCCCUCCUAACUGAUCACUGCACCUUAGAAGUUUCUGGUCUUCAGAUAACAUGUCGACCCAAGUAUCGCAUCAGUAAGUUGUCUUGUCCUUGGGCCUACUUGUGAGAUUCCACCAUCAGUAAGUCAGCAUCAGUCAGGCACAGAAUGAUAUCUAUAUUUAUAUUUACGGGAUCCAUUAUCUACAAAAGAAGUUUUUUGUCAUUUGAAAGACUGAACACGCUCUAGGUUUGGUGAAAAGGCCAAGUAUGUAUUUGUAUGUAUCAAUAAGUAUUCUGUUCCCUCCCCUGUAAUACAUAAGGGCAAUGAAUCGCAGUAUUGAUAAUAGGACUGGGCGAUUUGGCCAAAAAGAUGAUCACGAUAUACUUUGUCAUAUUGUCUGAUCUCGAUUAUUAUCACUACUUUUUUUUAAACUACCAGUUUUAAAGCAUCUGUACUUAAAAAUAAAAAAUAAAUAGAUAAAUACUAAAUAAGACGUUAAAUAACUUUUCUUCUCAACAAUAACAUCUUUGGAAGAUGACUCAAUGGCUGACGCAUAUUUUACUGCCCUCAGCUCCACGUUCGGUUACUCUGUUUACUUGUCCAGCAACUUACAGAAGUGAACAGCAAAAGCUCGACUCUGAUUGGCUGUUGUGAUGCACAUUUUCACCAAGUUUGAUCGAGUAAAUAAGCUCACAGCUGAUCACUGUGAUCGGACUGAAAUUUAUCACGAUCAUUAAUCCCGAUCACAUAAUCGCUCAGUCCUAAUUGAUAAUAAUGCAUAUUCUCCGUGAAUCUCCAGUAUCCAUUUCAUAAUUCCUUAUUUUCUAUAGACUAUUUACUUAAAAGAUAGACACAGAGGAAUUCUGGCAUUGACAGUGUAAAGUGACUUUGUCCAUUAAGUCACAUUUUCCAUAAAAAGGUUCAACAGGAAAAUAGCAGGACUCAUCUUGAAUUAUUAGUAAUCAGCUGCAGAGACAGAACUGAGUCACAGGUUGUGAUGUUUGCACUCAGGUGGGGGCUGGGACUCACAGGGCUGGUCAUCAAGUAUGACCUCCAGCAUGCAGCUGGCUCAGGAGUGCCUGAAGGACCCCCCAGAGACGUCAGAAGAGCCACCUGCCCAGCUGGAGGGGCUCGAGAUGUUUGCACAAACCAUUGAGACGGGUGAGCCAAAUUCCACACACAGUGAAAAAGUGUCAACACGUAAACAACAUGAUUAACAGUUUGACACAGUUAUAAUGAAAAAUAAGAGACUGUGAAAAAAACAGGACUCACAGACCUUUGUUUGUCUCUCUUUUUAUCCCUGUUUGCAGUCCUCCGUCGUAUUAAAGUCACUUUCAUAGACACUAUCGUUCGCAUUGAGCACCAGCCCCUAGACCUGGAAACAGGUGUUGCCUUAGAGGUGCACAUCAAACGGUAAGUCUAAGAAAAUUUCUACUAACUUAAUAAAGACUUAGAGUUUUCCAAAUACUGUACCUGCUUUAAGAUUUUGUAUCCUUUAACUUUUUGCUUUAAAUUUCAGAUUUGUUAACAACACCUUAAAGAGUAAGCAUUUCAUAACAUCAUAAAAAAUAAUGGAUUCAUUCUCAAAAAACAAAAAAAAUAUCAUAUGCUUGUGUUUUAAAACGUGCCGAUACUGAGACGAUUAUGAGGUUUGUAAAAAAAAUGCCUCUUAGAGUUAAUUUCUCUUUGCCCUGUUGUAAGUGAUUAGAUUCUCAAGUUAGUUCUCAGGGUGCAGAUGUGAAUUGGUGCUCUUAGAUUUGGCUCAUGAAGACAUAAAAGUGUCCCACAGCCAUGUUAAAGGGGGAUACAAACGGUAAGCACAAAUAGGAUGGGGCUACCCAGGAUGAGAUGAAGCAAAAUGAUCAGUAUGUUGUUAUGCACUCCGUUCCUUCUCACAGUAUUUCUUCCUUAAUCAGCCAAAACAGGGCUAACCCUGUCCAUGAUCAGUCAUACUUCCUUUUCCGAAUUAGUCUUGUCAUUACAGGAAGAAGGCAAAAUGAAAGCCAUGGAUAACAUUAGACAUUCUCUCCGAGCAUAAGCAGAUAAGGGGAAGAGCCCUCUGCUCAGUUACGAGCUCUGUUGGCCUUGUGCUGUUAGACAGAUCCAGCAUGAGGUUCAGUUUAAACAGAGUCAGUGCUGAUGAGGUCAUUCACCUGAGCUGAGUUUUAUCAGUGGCUGAAAAUAACUACAGGAUGAACUUAGGGUGUGGUCAGGUUGGGAUGUCAGGGGAGUCAGUUGGCUAAAUUUGUAAAGUAGCCUCAGUCCAUUUUCACCAAAAUGUACAGUUGUGUGAAUAAAAUAUGUCUACAUGGCUGUUUUUCUACCAUCAUGUUAUUGGAAUCAUCACGUGGAAUCAGUCUUUGAGUUUCUUUGUUUAUUUUUGCUGGUUGAUCUUCCAUGACUGUGUUCCUAUUUUCUAACUGUUACCCUGUUAAACUGAAUUGUCCGUGAUUAUUGACAUUGCUGCUCAGUUGGGAUGAUUUAGGGUCAUUGACCAGAAGGCCCUAAUCAUCUCAACUUUUUAAAUUUUCUCUUUGGUGAACAGCUGGUCUGAAUUUACUGUUAAGUAAAAACUUCACGUGUUAUUUGUACUGACUGGAAUGCCAUGGUUACAGAGUUUUUAACUGCUUUGACACUUUGAGCUUUUCAUCUAAAUAUAAAUAAUUUUCUUCAAUUCAAAAAAUUUUCUUUUCACACAUAUUGUGAGUGUAUCUUCUGGUCUUGCUAUGAUAAAGUUUUUUUUUUCACCCUGUUUCUCAAGGCUGGAAUAUUUUGAUGAGGCAGUACGAGAUCCAGCCAGCCAGACUGCCGUGCCUGUCGACAUCCACCAGCCGCCUGCCUUCUUGCACAAGAUCCUGCAGCUUAGCGCUGUUCAGCUGUUCUACGACAGCACCGGCACAGUUCAGGUAAGUACAUGAUGCACUGCUAAGGACUCUCUUUGGAGAUUCUCUGGAUCUAUAUCUUACCCUUUUAUUUGCUUUCUGAUUUUAUCUAUUUUUUGUGCCAAGUUGCAUUAGACCCCUCUAAAAAGGGGUAAAAAAAAAUCCAAAUGUAAGCUUGUAUUUACAAAGGCUGAUCUUGUAUGAAUACAUGUAUUAAUAUUUGAAUUCAAGGAACCAAUAGGGUUGUACCUCUUGCCUCCAGGAUGUUGCAGUUGUACUGACCUUUCAGACAUACAUUUGUUUCAACAAAGAUGUUCAAAUAUCUCCUCAUUUUAGGAUCCACAUGGAGACGAACAUCCUAAAUCAGCUACAAUGAGUGAAACAGAAGAGGACGAUGAAGAAGAAGAAGAAGAAGAUGAUGAUGAUGAUGAGGAAGGGGAAGAGGAAGAAGAGCUAAAGCCCCAGACUUCUGCUCCCUGUCCUGCAUCACAGCCGCUGCUCAUCGGAAGCUGUUCUGGUUUUAUCGAGACCACCGUCAAGAUCAAACAGAACGACAUGUUGCCAGGACCAAAGGUUGUGAGAUUGUUGAUGUUUGUUUAUGUUUGUGUGUUUGUUUGUGUGCUGCAGUAUAUUAGAGGCGCUGUAAAUGAAUCAUUGUUCUCCUAUAUUGUGUGUGUUUCUCUCUGUUUAUCAGUUUGAGUUGGAUGGGAAGGUAGGCUGUGUUCACAUGCUGCUGUCUCCAGAUCAAAUAACACACCUGACGGACCUGCUGGCGGCGCUCUGCAUCGACACAGGUAUGUUGAAACAUAUCCACAGAGGAAAACAUUUAUUUAUCCCAGAACAAGUCUGCACCAGAUUUUUCAGUAUCCACAUGUCAGUUUGACUCCUUGUGAAAUCCCCUGAAGAAGGGAUCUGAUUCUUGGCUUUAGAUUGUUUUUUAAUGGACCUAAAAAGCAGAACUACUAAACUGCUUUAGAAAUCAGCACAACUUAUGCAACUGAAACAAACAAGAAACAAAAGACAGAAGAUUGAAAAAACACUGUAUUCAGCAUUUAAGCAGUUAAUUUAGUGAUCGGAUCCAAGCCUGAUGAGCAGCAUACUGAAAUUCCCUUUUUCAAAAGUUAGUACAGAGCAGUUUGAGGAGCUGUUGACAGGAAUAAGUCCUGCUGACAGCGGCUGUUUUCUCUAUUAAGAGAGUAAGGUCUCACACAAAAUACCCCACUCUAAACCUUACUAAAUUUCCUUCUUAGAAAAAUGACUCAAUCUCUUUCUGUGUUGCCUCUUCACCAGAGCCUGACGCCAAAUGUGUUGGAGUGCACAGUCGUCCUUUGGACUCUGACGAUCUGCGGAUGAUUGAGGAGGACCUCAGUAAGCAGCUGGGUUCCAGCCCCAGAGACAGAGAGUGGGAUGAGGAUGAGCCUGACAUGGAGCCCUAUGUCACCAGCCUGGAGAAUGGAGGUAAGACAGGAGGAAAGGUACAUUUACAAAUAUAACAUGCAGUUGAAAAAGGUGAACCUAUAACCCAAUGAAAGUCACAGCGUACACUACGUGUCUAAAGCUGAGCUGUUAAAAAUUCAAAAUACAAAUGCCUAAUUUGUUUUUUCUUUAGACCUGAAUGGGAAACGUUGUGAAUCUUUAAUGUUAGAGGAGAAGAAAUAAACUCAAACAAGAAACAAAUAGGAUGAGUUCAUAAAAAUUUCUGUCUUCUCCUCUCCAUUGUGAGAAAUAUAAUCCAAUAUUUAUUGUAUGAUGUGUAUGUUUGUGUGUGUUUGUGUGCAGAAAUGUUUUACUCCAUGGGUCCUGCUGGGAUGAACAGUAGCGUAACAUCCGUUCGCUCUGGCAGUGAGAUGUCAGACAGCGAUAUGGAGUCAUCUACUCAGAGUCUAGCCAGCUUCACACAGCCUGCAGCGCUGUCUGCACAGGUGCAAACUUAGUUUUUUAUGCCUGCAUGAUUUGUAUUAUUUAGUGUUUAGUGUUAAAACAGUAUUUUAAUCAAGGCUUUCUGUUUCAAUAUUUUUAUGAUUUCAAGUUUCAAGAUGAUUUCAAACACAGCAGCGUCUUUGAAUAAUGUCCUUUUUGCUCUCCUUACUUAACUUACCAACAUAACGUCAUGAACUCGUAAACACAUCAUGUCUCAAGUCAUCUGACUUCUGCUUUUGUUUUCCCUGCUAGGGCAUGAUGAACUGCCCCAGGAGGUAUCCUGUAGCAGGCUGUCUGUCGAGUUUACCACAUUCAAGCAUGAGACCCAGAGGUAGAGUCACCGCAAUCACUACUUCUUAUUUCUGACAAACAUCUCUUCUCCUGCUUUGACCUUAUUUCAUUUCAAGUUACCAAACUGAACAGAUGCAUGCAUGGAGAUAUUUUUGAUGUGUGUUUGUAAAAAAAAAAAAAAAAUCACAGUACUCAUCCUGUCCCUGCAGGUCGCUCACACAGUGGCCAGGCAGAGCAGCUGAAGCCUGAUGCUUUGCUAAGACUUACCCUCGGUGGCCUCACCCUGACCCUGCUGCAGGAAGACCCGCCCUCCAGGCUUGAAGGAGCUUCCUCAUUGGCUCAGGUGUCUCAGGUGUUUUUCAGGGAGCUGGUGUUCUUCAAGGACAGCAUGUUCAGUGAGAGAGACUUCCAUCAUCUUAGAGGCGGCUUUGCUAAAGCCUGCCCUCACUCCCAUCUCAGGUAGAAAAACACUAAUGCAUAUUAUUUUUCUUGUGAAGGGAGAGGGGGGUGGAGUUUAUUUGGACUUGGCUGCAUACCUCAUUUAAUUAUUAAACAGUUUCAAAGAGUUUGAUACUUAUUUACAAUAAGAACAAUGCUUAGAAACUAAACUUUAAUAAUAGUGUUAAGUUUAAAGUGUCUCUGAAACAAAGCAACCCUUUGACAUCAUUUUAAGGGAUGUCUGAAAAGCCUCUCUCUUAUACACACACAAAUACACAAGCAUGUACAUGUACACGUUCACCACUGUUGAAUACAAUGGAUGUUCUUAGCUAGGAGUGAUGGCUAACUGCUUGUCCUCCUCUCUGCCAGGGUGACAGGAGCAGCGGUCCAGGUCGCUUGUGAGAUGCGGAGCGGAAGACGACACAGUCGGGCGAUGACCUCCGAUGUUUCCUUCAGCAGACUGGAACUGUUGGAGUGCCUCUGGGAGGAUGGAAAGCCUCAGUACAGUGAGGUAGAUGUAAAUCUUUUUCUGCAUGUGUCUGUUUCCGCCAUGUAAGACUGAACUCAAUUAUAUCUUAGAGCAACAGUCGUAUUAUUCCCUAGAUCAUUUGCAUUACCUCUUCUAUUUCACCUCUGUCAAUAUCAUUUUCUAAAUUAGUCCGAAAACUUAAUCAAUGGACACAUCUGUCACUUUUUUUCAUUGGUUAAAAUUCUCACUUUCUGCCAUUUCAGUUGCUUCAGUUCCAGAAAGCUGGUUUGUUUACCAUCGGAUCAGCUGCCAAACCAUGUGCUCAACUACACUACGGCCUCACUGAAAAACACCUGCGCAGAGUACGCUAUAAACACACACUCACAAACACACACCCGCAUGCAAAGUCUUCUCUUUUUUAGAAGUUAUUGUGUUUAUUUGAUCCAUUUAAUCAAUUUUUCAAUGUCAAGUAUCCAGUGUCUCAGAUUAUUUUUGUUAACUUUAGUUUGUUUUGUCUACCGAGUGAAUUAGCUUAGUGUCACUGCAUUAGUUACUUGUAAACAUUAAUAUCUAUAUUAAAGUUCAUUUAGUCUUUUUAUUCCCAGAGUUGAUCUUUAGGAGGCUGAAUUAUUCUUUGAGAUGUAUGGGCACCCAAAAAACGGUACCCUGAAAUCCUAAACUUUAACAAUACCAGUAAUCAAAAUAGUAACCGAGUCUAAACCAGCUUUGACUCUAUGUAAGUUUUAGCCCUCUCUCAAGACAAGCUUUGGUACAGCACAUUUCUCUUUGGGACUCUUUAAAAUAAGAUGCGACUGACAUGAUUUUAUGUGUUUGUUUGCAGGGUAAACAGCGGGUAGUACGGCGGGAAAGUGUAGUUCGGGUGGAGCUGGCAGAGCUGAGCGCUGAGCUGGACCUGGAUGUUAUCAGUCGCCUGGGCAGCCUGAGCAAAGCCUUUAGCCACUGUCCCACACAGACUGUUGGUCCUGGAGUCAUGCAGGUGGAUAACAGCACACACUUGUUUCAUCUGUUACAUCGUUUCAGAGAAAACUCAAAAUGAAUCUUAAUGACUUUUUUCUUUUGCAAAGUCUUGAAUUUUUUGUCUGUUUUGGAAAUAAAGAACCAUAAAAUAAAGGAUUCUUGGAAAUUGUUGUAAUAGAUAUUCGAUGUUUGUGUUCCCAAUUUUGAAAAUCUCUAAAAUUAUGAUCCAAAAACUAUCAAAAGGUCUCUCUGUAUCUUUCUUCUUCAGACACAGAGCAGUGAACUGUGCUCCUCCUUCACCCUCCGCUCCCCCCACGCCAUCCUCAGACUCCGCUUCCCCAUACCUGAUCUACGGCCCCUCCCUAAGCGCAGACCUCCGACUCAGAGGGCUGUGAGGCAGGAGACCUUGGUGCUGGAGCUAACAGAGCUGGAGCUGAAGCACCAGGAGGCCCCAGACCUCCAGCCCGAGCAGACUGUCCCUGGACAGCCGUGGGCUCCCUGCCUCACCCAGCUGCUGGAGGCCUCCUUCACCGACCUGCACGGUGGGAACACACGGCUUUGUGAAGUCAUAGCUUAAAUUAGAUGAGUUAGUUAUUUGUUUCAAAUCAAACUAAUGCAGCAGUGUGACCCAUUUGGAGGUCCCUGUAAGGUAGAAAACUUCACUUCUACUCCUUUCAAAAGCAAAAAUUGAAGCCCCAAAAGGUUAUCAACGUAAAAAAAAAGUCAUUUUUGUCAGGAAAACAUAAACAUCAUUGUCAGCAACUCAAACCUAUAAACUGUCCUUCCAUAAAUGUGUAGCUAUACAAAUGAUGUUGCCUAAAAACUUGUCAUGGAUUACCAAGAGCGACUGAAGCUCGGUCAGACUUUCUAAAAGCUGAAUGUUGACAGUUAACUAAGUAAUUGUCACUCCAUAGGUUCAUAUGAGGGCUGGGAAGGUGGCUCUUUCCCCUGUAUCAGAGUGAAGAAGAACCGCGACUCUCUGCCCAGGUUAGAAGUGUUGUUUUGAAAAUGAUCAGAUGAACAGUAAGAAAUGUAGCUAAUGUAGCUUUCUUUAAUUCUCUGUCUAUGACCAGGAUAUCGGUGCGUGUGCGUGGAGGUGAAGCUCAGGGCCCCUCAGGAGGUCUGGAUGGUAUGAAUCUCGGCCUGAUCCGGGACAUGGGGGCCGCUUUCUUUGAAAGUCACUGUGAACUCAACAACAAAACCAGCUCUCCGUUCUCCUCGAACCGCACCAUGUUUGAGACUGAAGAGGUGCAUUCACACACUGAGGAAAAACAUGAUGUGUUUCAGUUUAUCAACCUUCUUGAAUAAAAACUCAACAUUUGACUAAUUCCUCUCCUCUGUCCUUGUAUCAGAUGGUUAUCCCUGCCGAUCCGGAGGAGAUGCAUCAGUUUCAGGUGCAGUGUGUUGCCCAAUGUCAGUGUGCUGUGGAUAUCAGCUUCCCAUUGGCCUAUAUCCUCCUGCCGAGCAAACAGGCCUUUCAGAGCAUUUAUAACAGGUACGUCAGCAGGAGCACAAGUGAGACAGCAUCUCGGGUAUAUCUGUAAAAGUUGAAAUAUUAGAAAUUAUGUUCAACAGAAAGAUUAGAGAUUCCUGUGACACACAUUGGUCUUUAAGAGUUUUUAAUUUGUGUAGAGAAAGGAGCAGUAUGGUAGAAAAUAAAGUGCAUUUUUGAAAUUGGAUGAAAAUAGACUUCUUUAUUUGGUUUAUGAGUUGAUGAAAAUGUACAUGUGUAAAGAAAGAAUAUUUUACUUUGUUUUCAUUUUCAAACGAUUCUAGUGGAAACCGAUGUUUGCUCAGGUGCAGUGCCUCCAUAUAUGUGGUGAAAGGCAUAAUUUAGUUAAAAGCCUUUACUGGAAUCCAAAGACUCUAGUUGCUUUUUUGUCGUUGUCAUUUUUAGAGAAAGAUCCAAUUUUCUUGAACAUAUAACAAGGUUAAGUGGUACAAUAUGCACCCUGUCACCCUUCAAACAUUAUUGAUUUGGACCGGUUCUGUAGAGCUCUUAUGUAACCCAUGGCUUCAUCCUCUAGCUUUGUUCGUUUCCAGUCUUUAUUUUGGUCUUGAAUCAUGAACCAGAUGUUACAAUAAUUUUCCAUCGCCCCUCCAUCCAACAGAAUCAAUAAUGAUCUGCUGAUGUGGGAGCCACCUCCACCCUCGGCCAACAGCCCAGACCACAGCUGCCAUCAGCGUGACGAGUUUCAGCUCUGCAAGUCAGCCUUUAGACUCGGUGAGUUUGACUGCUCUGCUGGGAAAAAAAAACUUCACAUGUAGAUCUUUUCGACAAAUUAACAUGUUCGCUGAAUUUUUUCUAAUUUAAUUUUUACCUCAGACUCUGACUCGGAGGAAGACGAGCCUCCUUUCUACAUGGCCAAUGAAUCAGAUGGAAAGACACAAAAGUCGGCUCCUCGUCCAAACCACAACCUCAGUCUGCUAUCCCUCACUGUGAUCAUCAGCAAAGGUCGGCUCCAAGCCAGGACAGACAGGAAGGUGAGCCACAGGGCUGCUAACAGCGCUGCAAAAUCCCAGGCUUCAUGUGAUUCAUUUCUCACAGCUGAGUUUUCCAUUUCCUUUUACCAGUGAGAAUGUAACUAUUACAGUAAUCGCUGAAAUUAUGAUGUAUUAAUCAUAAUUUAGGGAUUGUGUUCUCGCAACUUUUACUUGAAGAAUGGAAAAAGGUUUUUGUGUUACAAGUCAAACCCCAAAACUUUGUUCAAGAAGUUUAAAACUGUUCCGAUCUUCUCGUUUUUUUUUUUCUGUCCAUUUAUUUUCAUUAGUGUCACUUGUGUUUCUUAAAUGUUUUAUUGAAUGUUAUUCAUUCAGGAGGACCAGAGUCAUGGGGAAAUUGUGCUUGACCUGGAAGGUGGGAAGAUAUUCAGUGUUGCACAGCACCAAAACGAUCCCAAUCUCAACUUCCUGUGUCUGGAAAGCAGACGAGUGGAACUCUACCAUCAAGGUUCACAUUGUCAUUUCACUAUAUUCAGUUGGUUUUGAUUUAUGCUACCCAGAAGAUGUUAAUAUGCCCCUGUUUAUCCAUUCACACCAAUACAGCAGUGGUCAAAGACACCCCCAUCCCACAGAGGUUGGAGAUGCCCAACUUCACUCCUCCAAAGCACUUGGACCCUACCAUCUACCCCACAGAGGUGGGUGUGAGCAGCGUGAGUGGCAGGGAGGGAGAACUGCAGAUGUUGUCUACAGCUAUCAAAAUCACGCUGGAUCCACAGAGGAGUGUCAAGGUAACUUCUGCAGUAAUAUCACAUUUUUCAGCUGGUGCUACGUCAGAUUUAUGAUACUCACUUUUUGUUUUUGUCUUUGUAGGAGUUUCUGGUUGCCCUCAGACUACAAGGUGCCACCAUGAGACAUUACAUGACACAGGCUAAUCACAGCUGGCAUGAGCAGGUGAGGAGAGCUGAGUCAGGUUUUGAUCUUGAAGGACUUUCUUGAACUUCAUUAGUUGUGAAUAACUUGCAAUAACUCAGAGUGAUCAUUGAAGGAUGCCCAUCAACUGAGGUAGAUGUAGCGGUUUUAGGGGAAUGUGGUACGACAAAUUAAAGUUAAUGUCAAAAUGAUGAAAAAGUAUUACGUAUCGCACAUUUAUUACACGGAGCAGAAAUUUUCUAAUGCUGUGAGCUGCUGUUAACAUCAGCCUGCUUUCCCUCCAAACCAGUGUCUCUGCCAAAACAAUCACAGAUUUUUUCCUUGUCUUCUUCCCAGAGAUAAUAAGUAUAUGGUAUCACUUUGCGAGUAUGAUUUAUGAUGACAACUUGCGCAACCAAAUAAAUCUGCAGACAAUGCUGUUAUUUCAGCAACUGGGAUUUGGUGCGUUUUAUUCUCCAGUUGUGGAGUUACAUGCUGUGCUGAAAGCAAACACAGUGGAUGUUUUCCCUAAUGUUUGCCAUCUGAUGUUUUCGUCUCUCUGAUGAACUGAGUCUGUGUUUGUGUCUCACAGCUGGUCGACUUCCUGGAUGUCAUCGAUGAUCCCAUUUUGGGAUACACAGCACCUGCUGUCAUCACUGUCCUCCACACACACCUUGCUACCUGUGCGGUUGACUACAGGUAUAAACAAAAAGAAAUGUGUGUUGAAAUGAUGUUAAGCCUGAGCUGUUUUUUUUUUUUAUUGACAUCUUCAGUCUUUCUUUCCACCAGACCUCUGUAUCUCCCCCUGCGAGUGUUGUUCACUGCAGAGUCCUUCUCUCUGUCCAGUAACAUCAUUGUAGACACUGCCACCUUCCACCUCAGGUAUGUGUCAACAAAUACUCAUACAUGAAGAUAUCCUUUUAGAUAAAGCCAGUACUAAAAAUGCUCCAUAAUAGAAUCAGGACGGUGCUUUGAAUAUUUCCAUCAGUAUGUAUCACAUCGUAUGAGUUGUGUCACAGUGUCUGAUGACUGUCUGUGAUGUGGUCAGAUUCAUCCUGGAUGACUCUGCUCUCUACCUCUCUGACAAAUGUGAGACUGACACCGUGGACCUGAGGAGAGGUGAGAGACAGACCUCCGUUUGUUGCUCAGUCCUUUUUUUUUCUUUGGCUGUUCAAUUUGUUUUUUUGUUUUUUUUUUAAGAUGUUGAGUUCUUGUGUGAACUUAACCGAGCCCUGUGUGCAAAACAACAAAUAGAAGUUCUUAAUUCAAGCCAGUUAAAGAAUUUGUUCCUGUUUCUUCCACAGUCUGAAUCUUUUAAAGAUACGAUCUGACAUGUUUUGCCACUGAUGAAAUGAGUCAUUUCUUAAAAGUGCAGGGGGCUGGGGCAUAAAUCAUCUGUCAAACUGCCAAAAUUGACUGAUGUCACUGACUUGUGUUACCAGGAGCACGAAAAUGAGUCAUUUUUACCACUUUUGUCAGGAUGAAAGGAUGACUGUUGGCUCUGAUAGUGUGAGUGAUAUCGGAGCUUUUAUUAAGGUACAGGACAGCUUCAUCCCCUGUCAAAGGUGAAUUAUUUUGAAAUUUCAACAUCUAAACUAUGAAGGCCAGUGGACCUCAAACAUGAUCUUUUCUGCUUUUACUAUUUCCUUUUUUUUAAAUAUUGUGUUUUUAAAAAGUGAUGCAGCGGGGAGUCACUAAGAGAUGUCUCAUUUUAGAGUGAAAGCAGCAUCAGCAGUAGUGAUGUUAAUAAUGAUCUAAAUUGAUUGAAUUAUAAUAAAAACCUUGUUUUCUUUUGUUACACAGACUAUGUGUGUGUUUUGGACAUUGACCUGCUGGAGCUGGCCAUCACCACAUGGAAAGGGAGUGAUACCGGAAAACUAGUGAGUCUGUCCCUUUUAUUCAACCAGGUCUAUGUACCAGUUAACAUCUAACUGUCCCUUUUUGCUGUUACCCUGUUUUAUUUAUUUAUCUUUUUCCAAGUAUCUACUGAUACACAUCAAUGUUCAUAAUAUGACUGGUACAGCACUCAUGCUUUGUUUAUUUAUUUAUUUAUUUUCACCAUGUGUUCCUGUAUAUAUAUCUUUGAACAAGGGUUUGAGUAAAAUUGGAUGUUCCUGACUGAUGAAAACGAAGUAAACAGCUGCAAAAUUUGAUCCUAAACCUUUUUAAAUGAUAAUAAAAAUAUUGGGAACAUCCUUUCACCUCUCUUGGCAUCAAUCUUGAUCACUCUUUGUGUUUUAAUGUAAACGUGCUUUCUCUGUUCAUCAGUCCCAACCUCUCUUUGAGCUCCGCUGCUCCAACAAUGUGGUCCACCUUCAUACCUGUGCUGACUCCUGUGCUGCCCUGGUCAAUAUGCUGCAGUAUCUAGUCUCCCAGGGCGACCUGCACCCCCCGCCACGACACACCUCACCCACCGAAAUUGCUGGCCAGAAACUACCAGUAAGUCCUGCAUAUCAAAAAUAGAAUUUCAAUAACACUAAUAAGAAUCAAAUUUAGGUAUUACAUUUUGUUUAUUUGUUUUACUUCCUGUCGUUUUAGCUGUCAGAGAGUCCUGCGUCGGCGCCUCCUUGCCCCCCAGCUGAAACCGCAGAGAUCAACCAGUAUGACCUCACUGACGCCUUAAUAGACACAGAGAAGAGCCAUCGAGAGGAGAGUCUUGAUCCAGGUGCUGUCUCUCUUUGUCCACACUAGUGAACAAUACAACACGAAACCAUCCUUGUUUCAUUUUUAGUGACUGAUCGAUUUUUUUUUCUGCGUUUGUCCAGGUUCACCCACCAUGCCCAGAGGCUCGCCUGUCUCUGUUUACCUUUUCCCAGGUGAAGCUCCAAAGGGCAGUCCAUCUGUUCCAUUGGGUGAUGACUCUGAGCUUGACGGACUGGUUGCCACAGCGACAGAAGCACAAGCAGACAUGAUGUCUGAGGAGGGCUCUGAGGGCUCCACCGACAAUGAUGAUUUUUGCAUCUUGGAGGCUCCCGGCAUGGGCAUUCCUGUGAGCCUCUUCAUUUUCUGAUCCUCUUCUUGAAUUUCUUUUUCUGAAAUAGUCCUCAAAUCAUCAUACUAAGUUUGCAUAUAUUGGAUUUGUUGCAGCCCAGGGAUGGGGAGCCUGUGGUAACAGUGCUGUCAUCAGGUCCAAUCAAGGUGAAGGACAGUCACUUCUCCAGGCCACGAGGCAGCUCAGACCUGCUGCGAGCUCCUAGUCGCUUCCCGGUGCCCCAGAGCAGGGUGGUGCUGCGGGAAAUCUCUGUGGUCUGGCAUCUCUAUGGGGGUAAAGAUUUUGGUGGCAAGCCUGUGUCCAUCCACGCCCAGCAUGCAAACAGGUAGGAGCUUCAGAAAUGCAGCAUCUCUUACAGUACACUCAUCAUACUUUUGAAUCCAUUUUUCUCUCUCUUCCCUUUUUAACAAUACAUCUCUGUCUUAUCAGAGGUCGAUCCGUCUCAGCUGGGGCCCGAGGAUCUCCGUCUCGAUCUGUCGGUUCUUCUCGGCCCCAGAACUCCUGGCGGUGGGCGGGAGGUAGCGGACGUCAGCACACACUGCUCAUGGAGAUCCAGCUAACUAAGGUACAAAUUGAGCAAGUUGAGGCACCUGAAAUGACAAAAAAGUUUUAAACUGUUUUUAACUUUGGAUUCAAGUGGUUAUUUGAUCACAAACUCACUUUUUUAUUGUGUGUGUUUCAACAAAAGAGGAAUUAAUGAACUUUACAUGUUUAUCAUUUAUAUACAUGAGUGGAACUGAUCAUCUCAUCUUAACUUUUACUUUUAGGUGUUAUUAUAUUUAUUCCUUUUUAAGCUACUAUAACCUUUCUUUUAGAUCUCCAUAAUCCUUCUGUUUUGUCCUCCAGGUGUCCUUCCAGCAUGAGACCUACCCAGUGGUCGUAGCAGGGCAGGAUGGAGAGGGGUCAGCAGCAGCUGCAAUUGGUGUUUGUCCUGGUGGUGAGCAGCCCCUCUCUCGGCAGGUUUUUAUUGUCCAGGAACUGGAGGUUCGAGACAGACUAGCCUCCUCACAAAUCAACAAAUUCCUCUACCUCUACACCAGCGAGAGCAUGCCGCGCCGAGCCCACUCCAACAUGGUGAGACAAUGGGGAGGGAGGAAGACUGAAAUGAAAAGAAUGUGAGAGAGCUCGAUUUAAGACUGAGGUGGAAAUUAUCAUCAACUUGACUCUCAGACGAAAAUAAGACUCCUGAAAAUCUCAUGGCUUAUGUCAUAAUAGUUCAUGUGAAAUAAGAUCAAAGAGACAUGACAUUAAAACGCUGAAGAGAGCAGUGUGAGGCCAAGUCAGUUUUGUUAGACCAUCCGUCCAGCGAGGUAUUUAUCCCCAGAGCUGAAGUUAGGAGCUUAACCAUAUUUGGUUACAUGAUAGAUACACGUUCUUUUACUCAAAGGCAAUGAUUGAAAUCACCAUAUGUGCUUAAGACACUUAACACAUGUCUAAAAUCUAAAGACGACAGUGGGAAUGCUAAAUUUUGAUCCCAGAGUCAAAAUAUCAUAAUCAUCAUGAUUUUUGUGUUUCCUUCUUCUAGCUGACAGUGAAAGCCCUGCAGGUGUGUCCAGAGUCUGGUCUCGGUGGUCCAGAGUGCUGCCUCAGGGUCAGCCUGUUGCCACUACGACUUAACAUUGACCAGGUAAGUCAAAAUCUUGAGACUGAAACAGAAACUGUGAUGUAAUUCUGGAGCACAGUGCCCAGAGGUUUCAUAGCAAAGCCCUCAGAUCUGCACUGAACUGAAAUGACUCUCAUAUUCAUCUGUUUGUUCCAUUCACUCUGUCAGCCUUCUCGACUAAUCACCUUUUGUUCUCUCUUUGCCUCAGGAUGCGCUGUUUUUCCUGAAGGACUUUUUCAGUAACUUAGCUUCCUUUGUGAACCCUUACCUUCCUGUGGACCCUGCAGCUGAAGGUAAGCUAUGACUGAUGAUCGAUUCAUGUGUAAGGCUUUUGUCCACGAUUACUGUUAACACUUUAACCAAGACCCUAAGAAACUGGCUUUGCUCAGCAGCAUUUCCACAGAUGCCUCAAACUGCUUAUGUAGCAUUAAGUCCCUUUUUACAUUUUUCUCCAUGUAUUUCCAGUGAAGCCAGAUCCCUCACAGAAAGCGUCUGAGGAGGCAGAGUCAGCAGCUGGGCUGGGACCUGACCUCACCGCAUCUGUUGAAACUACCUACAGUGAGCAGAGCUCCUCCUCUGCUGGCUCCACCUCCUCCUCUGAACAGCCUAUCUACUUCCGGUAUUAAAACAGUGAUUUACAAGAAGAAUCUGCCAAAAAUGCUUACAGUUUGUGCAUAGUAACUAAAGCUGACGAUAUUAUCUGAUAUGACAUUCCAUAAAAUGUCCCAUUUGUCCCCCUGUAAAUCUUAGGGAGUUUCGUUUCACCUCUGAAGUGCCUAUCUGGCUGGACUAUCAUGGCAAACAUGUAGUCAUUGAACAGGUGAGAAGUCUCUCCAGCUGAACCAGAAGCUUAUAAUAAAGAAUCUAAAGGUGUGCCUGGUUUUAAUAUUCUUUCUGUCCUGCUCUUUAUCCCACAGGGAACAUUUGCAGGGAUCCUGAUUGGUUUGGCUCAGCUAAACUGCUCCGAGCUGAAGCUGAAGAGACUUUGCUGCAGACACGGGUAUUAAUACACUGCCCCUAUAAUGACAGAGAAACCUCAAUGACUUCUUCAAGACAUUUCUGCCAUUUGUCACCAAGUGGACCAAAAUGUAGUCAGUGGUGUGUAAUUUUUCAAAAUACCAUCUUAUUUGUGUUUGUUGUUUUUCUUCUAUACCUCUUCCUAGUCUCCUUGGUGUGGACAAAGUGAUCCAGUAUGCCGUCACAGAGUGGCUGACAGACAUCAGAAAGAAUCAGCUGCCGGGAAUUCUGGGUGGUGUAGGCCCAAUGCACUCAGUUGUUCAGCUCUGUGAGUUUCCUCUUCUCCAAACACACCAUUGUGCAUUUAUUUUUAUUUAAAUUUUUUUUUUAAUCAUUUUUAUUAACCUCCAUUCCUUUCUCCCCUCUUCCCAUGCCUCCAUGUUACUCCAGUCCAUGGAGUAAGAGAUCUGUUCUGGUUGCCCAUAGAGCAGUACAGAAAAGACGGACGCAUUAUUCGGGGUCUCCAGCGGGGGGCAGCGUCCUUUGGCACAUCCACAGCAUCAGCUGCUCUGGAGCUCAGCAACAGGCUGGUGCAGGCUAUACAGGUACUCUGUCGGGGUUUUGACUCCCGAUUAAAGUAGCAAAAGAGCUUAAUGUGAACCCGAAAUUUUGUAUUAAGUGAGACAAACUGUGAAAGAGAGUCUUCUUCUGGAAUGUAUCUUUUGCACUUGUGUUAAAGUAGCUGAUACCUCUCAUCUCCAUUACUGAUGUUUGUCUGUUUCUCUCACAGGCCACAGCUGAAACUGUGUACGACAUCUUGUCUCCAACUCCUCCUCUAAACCGAUACGCCAUCACUGAAGGUCGAGCCCCCUCCAGCCGGCCGCGCAGAGCGGCUCAGCCUGCAGACCUCAGAGAGGGUGUUGCCAAGGCCUACGACACCGUCAGAGAGGUGUGUCUCCAAAAUUACUGGUCAAGCCUUAAAAAAUGCAAAUAUGUCAUUUUUUCUGCUUUCAUAUGAAACUGAAAGUCUUGGUUUAAACCUUAUAGUGGGAUUUUUGUGGCCGUAUCAGGAAGUCAAUACACGAACAGUAGUAGUGCAUGAAUAACACGGCACAAAUGUCCUGAAUCAUUUUUCCAGGGAGUGAUUGACACGGCUCAGACCCUGUGUGAUGUAGCAUCCCGUGGCCACGAGCAAAAAGGUCUACCUGGUGCUGUGGGCGGCGUCCUGCGACAGAUUCCGCCCACUGUGGUCCGACCUUUGAUUGUGGCCUCUGAAGCCACCUCCAAUCUGCUCGGAGGCAUGCGGAACCAGAUCAAACCAGACGCCAGGAAAGAGGACUUCUUGAAGUGGCGCACAGAGGACGGCCAGGAAUGA